AUGGCCGAUGUAGAGGUGUCGUUCAAUGCGAAGUUCGAGCGGAAAGCGGAAGAAGUUGCUGUGUGGGCGCCAAGACGUUCAAAUGUGGCCCGAGCGUUUCUUCGACCUCGUGAAGCUGAUCUUUUUGCUCGAAGCUCACGUGGACCAGUUACCAACGUUCGAAGCAAGCACACUACACGCGCGAAAGCUCCCCGAUCGCACAAGACCGCAUCGACAACAAGACGUGCUCGGGCACGCGACGGCGUGAAGAUGGCGGCACCCAACAAGCAGGGCAAGAUGGUUGGCUUCGUCAACUACAGAAUGCGAGCCACCAUGAAGGACGGGAGACAGCUGGUCGGGCAGAUGCUGGCAUUCGAUAAGCACAUGAACCUCGUCCUCGCCGACUGCGAAGAGUUCCGCAAAGUCAAGCGUAAGACCAAGGGCAGCGGCGCACCUGGCGCAUCCUCCGCGCAAACCGUCGAAACCGAAGAGAAGCGCAGCAUAGGCCUCGCGAUCGUUCGCGGCGCACACGUCGUCUCGUGCUCAGUCGACGGCCCACCGCCCUCUGAUCCUGCAGCAAGACUUGGCCAGAGCGCAACAGGGCCUUCAGGCGCUCCCACAGCGAUGCAAGCAGGACCGGGGAUUUCGAGGCCUGCUGGGCGUGGUGCUGGAGGCGCUGGACUACAGGGACCGGCUGCUGGUGUGGGCGGGCCUGGAUUUCCUGGAGGACCGCCCAUGGGCUUUCAGGGGAGAGGAGGACCGCCUGGGUUUCCCGGCGGAGGAUUUCCUCCACCAGGAGGACCACCUGGCUUCGCGCCUGGUCGUGGCUAUCCUGGCGGACCGCCUGGCGGACCACCCGGCUUCCCUGGCAGAUGA